UUCCUCUCUGGCUCUGUCUGCUCUUCAUCAUAUCUCCCUCUCUCUCUCUCAUAUAAGCCGGUGAUAUAGAUAUCUCUAGAGAGAGAGUGUGCUAAAAUUCAUGCGAGAGAAUUUUCUUCCGUUAUUUUCUCUUUCCAAACCACAGUUCCACACAUUGUCUGAAAAAUACAAAGAUUUUUUUUCCGACAACAUCCGGAUCGAUCUCAGACAGAGUCCACUCACUGUUCGUAACAACUAGACAGAAGAUGACGAACAAGACCAGUUUAGGUCUCCCCGUCUUCUUCUUCUUCUUCCUACUCUGCCUCUCCGCCGUCACAUCAGAUCUAGAAUCCGACCGACGAGCACUCAUCGCUCUCCGCGACGGCGUCCACGGCCGUCCUCUCCUCUGGAACCUAACCGCCCCGCCCUGCACUUGGGGAGGAGUCCAAUGCAAUGCGGGUCGGGUCACAGCGCUCCGGCUACCCGGCGUGGGUUUAUCCGGUCCGUUGCCAAUCGCAAUCGGAAACCUCACAAAGCUCGAGACUUUAUCGUUCCGGUUCAACGCGUUAACCGGUCCACUCCCGGCGGAUUUCGCCAACCUAACUCUCCUCCGUUACCUUUACCUCCAAGGCAACGCCUUCUCCGAGGAGAUACCUUCGUUCCUCUUCGAUUUGCCCAACGUGAUCCGGAUCAACCUUGCUCAGAACAAGUUCUCCGGUCAGAUCCCGGUUAACGUCAACUCGGCGACCCGGUUAGCUACUCUUUACUUGGAGGAUAACCAGCUCACCGGUCCGAUCCCGGAGAUUAAGCUCAAGCUUCAGCAGUUUAACGUCUCGUCGAAUCGGUUAAACGGGUCGAUACCGGAUCCGUUGUCGGGUAUGCCCAAAACCGCUUUUGAAGGCAACUCGCUCUGCGGGAAGCCGUUAGCCGCUUGCUCCGUCACCGGAAACGGGACUCAGGGAACGGGGAAAGGGAAAAGCGACAAGCUUUCCGCCGGAGCUAUCGCCGGAAUAGUGAUUGCUGGUCUCGUCGGGCUUGUCUUGCUCCUCUUGGUCUUGUUCUGUCUCUGCAGAAGAAAGAAGAAGAAACAGGACAAUGUGGAGUCGAGAAGCAUCGAAGCUCCUGUGCCGCCAUCAGCAGCUAAAGAAACGACGGUGGAUGACACCCCUCCUGCGGUGGCUAACGGUGCACCACCGCCGUCGUCUGAAAACGGUGCGGCUAAGAACAGUAAAGAUCUGACGUUUUUCGUGAAAACGUUCGGCGUGUUCGAUCUUGAUGGGUUGCUGAAGGCUUCCGCGGAGGUUCUUGGUAAAGGAGCGUUUGGAUCAUCGUACAAGGCGAGUUUCGAGCAUGGUUUAAUUGUGGCUGUGAAACGGUUGAGAGAUGUGGUUGUGCCUGAGAAAGAGUUUAAAGAGAAGCUGCAGGUUCUUGGUUCAAUCAGCCAUCCAAAUCUUGUGGCAUUGAUCGCUUAUUACUUCAGCCGCGACGAGAAGCUCGUUGUUUUCGAGUACAUGCCUAGAGGAAGCUUGUCUGCUCUCUUACACGGGAAUAAAGGAAGUGGUAGAAGUCCAUUGAGUUGGGAAACAAGAGCGAGUAUAGCUCUAGGAGCAGCGAGAGCCAUUAGUUACCUUCAUUCACGUGACGCGACAACAUCUCAUGGCAACAUUAAAUCUUCUAACAUUCUCUUGUCUGAAUCUUUCGAGGCUAAGGUCUCUGACUACUGUCUUGCGCCUAUGAUCAGCCCUACAUCUACACCUAACCGUAUCGAUGGUUACCGUGCUCCUGAAGUAACAGAUGCUCGUAGAAUCUCCCAAAAGGCUGAUGUUUACAGCUUUGGUGUUCUCAUUCUUGAAUUACUCACAGGGAAAUCUCCAACACACCAGCAGUUAAACGAAGAAGGAGUUGAUUUACCGAGAUGGGUUUCAUCUAUCACUGAACAACAAUCACCUUCAGAUGUGUUUGAUCCAGAGCUAACUAGGUAUCAAGCUGAGGGUAAUGAGAACAUGAUCAGGCUUUUGAAGAUUGGUAUAAGUUGUACUGCUCAGUAUCCAGAUAGUCGUCCGUCCAUGGCUGAAGUCACCAGGCUCAUUGAGGAGGUCUCUCGUUCAUCUGGUUCACAAGGUCCUUUGUCUGGUUGAUUCUUUUCUUCUUCUUUUCAAUGUGGGGUCUAAAUUGAUCGAUUUCAAAAUUGUUUGGUCUGAAUUUGAAUUUGUUUAAUAGUUUGUUCGGUGAUUCUUGAGCUCAGUUGUGAAAUACGUUGAAGAUUUUUUUUUUUACUUUUUAGUGUUGAGUUUAUCAAUUGUUGAAAUAUAUCAUUGUUUGUGGAAUGAAAAAAAAAGUUGUCUCAUUUUCUA